AUGGGUUUUGGGGUGGACAGUAAGGAUUGCAAUGAGGAUAAAUGUAAAUCGGAAGUUAAUAAUGGAGACUAUUAUUGUAAUCCGCUCGGGGAUUGCAGCAGAGGUAAUUAUAGUUGUUACAUGAACUGCAAGGGGAGAGGGUGUAAACAGACGUGCUUUGCUGGAGUAGAUGUGUGUGAAAUGGAUCUGGAAUGUAAAGGUGGCGAUUGUGAACAAAUCUGCGAGGCUAAAGAAUGUAAACUGAACUGCAGCGGGAAAAACUGUAAAACACAAAAGUGCCAAGGUAAAGGAAACGUAUGUGAAAUGGAUUUAGGAUGUAGCAGUAAGGAUUGUGAACAAAUCUGCGAGGCUAAAGAAUGUAAACUGAACUGCAGCGGGCAAAACUGUAAAACACAAAAGUGUCAAGGUCUAGGAGGUGAAUGUGAAAUGGAUCUAGAAUGUAACAGUCAGGAUUGUGAACAAAUCUGCAAGGCUAAAGAAUGUAAACUGAACUGCAGCGGGGAAAAAUGUAAAACACAGAAGUGCGAAGGUGAAGGAAAAGCAUGUGAAAUGGAUCUAAAAUGUGACGGACAGGAUCAGGAUUGUAAACAAACCUGCAACGUUGAUAAAUGUAACCUGAAGCGCAGCGGGAAAAAAUGUAAAGAACAAAAUUUCACAGGAAAUGUACAGGUGUACGAUAUGCAUUGUAACGCUAACGUUUGUACAAAGACGUGUUACGGUACAUGUAACAUUACUAGAACUAGGCUAACCAGUUCUCAUAAUAAGCUAAUAUGCAGUGGGGAUGUUGAAUGUUGUGGAGGACCCGUGCCGCCUUCCAUAACACGGUCCCUUACGGCGGAAAUCUUUCACAUCGACUGUAGCGCAGGUAAAAGCUGCAAAUGCACCAAAUUUUCGGAAAGUCACUGCAUCACUUCAGAUUCAUACACGUCGAGUAUCGUUUCAUCUAGUGGGGCUUCAAAAAUUCAAGUAUUCGCAACAAAACUUCCAACAGGACAUGGAAUAGAAGCUUACACUCUGUUGCAGUCACUGUCGCAGUCACCUUUAUCAUUAAUCUUACCUUCAUCAUUACCAUCAUCUCCAUCACCAUCAGCAGCGGUGUUACCAGUAGGGGCAUCAGUAUAUUUAUUAACACUAUCACCAUCGUCAUCAAAGCCAGCAGUAACAUCAGCAUCAGGAUCAUCAUCAGCAGCAUCAUCGGAAGCAAUAUCAACAGCGGGGGUAUCAGCAUCUUCAUUAGCACUAUCACCAUCACCAUCAAAGCCAACGGAAACAUUAGCAUCAUUAUCAGGAUCAUCAGCAGCAGUAUCAUCGUCAGCAGUAUCAGCAACAGCAUCAUCAUUAUUGUCAUCAUUAUCAAAUACAUCGGCAGCAAGAUCAUCGUCGUCUCUACAGACUCCUCAGUCAUCGACGUUAGAAGUUAUUAUGAAUCUGGAGGCUAUACAGAUUUUUGAAGAUUUCAUCACCCGUAUUCAAUUCCUCCAAAAACCUCUCACCAAAGAGCAAAUAGAAGUAACAAGAAAUUCCAUCUUUAAGGUGGCAGACGCCUUGGAAGUAUUUGCACUUAAUUAUGGAGUCCGUAGAGACGGAGACGAUGAUGAUCCGGUUGCCGAUGUAUCUGAUAAUGAUGACAAUAAUGAUGAUGCUACUGCUGCUGAUCCUGCUGACGAUGAUACUGGUGCUGGUGAUCCUGAUGAUGAUGCUAAUGUUUCUAUUGGCUUUGAAGAUGAUGGUGAUGGUGCUGAUGAAGAUGCUGAUGCCCCUGCUGUUGAUAUUACUUUCGAUGAUGCUGCUGAUGAUGAUCCUGAUGCUGAUGUUACUGCUGGGUUUGAUGAUGAAGGUGAUAGUGUUGAUAAAUAUACUGAUGCCCCUGCUGAUAACACCGCUGCUGAUUGUGAGUGUGAUGGAGAUGAUGGUAAUGGUGAAGUGUUGGCUAUACAAAAAACCUACCGCAAAAAUGCUAGUGACUUUUAUCUUCGGAAACAAGAACUGCAAGCGAGCCUGAAAGUUUCCUCUAAAAGCUUGAAUCACAACGUAUCAGUGGUUGUCGGGAUCGUGUACAAGGAUCUCCAUGAACUAUUGAUUACAGAUCAACCCUUCAAAACUGUAAUGGGCACCACAAGGUAUUUGGACUCCUGGAUAACUGCCGUGGCUUUAGACCCAAAACCAGAAAAAUUACUAGAGAAUGUCAUCUUCAGGUUCAAAAAUCUGAAGAUUCAUGAAGGAGAGAAGAAAUGCAUGUUUUGGAGUGGCUUAAGUGAAAGUUCAGGCGGAUUUUCGGAGACAGGAUGCCACUUAGUUACUUCGAAAAGCAACUCAGAAGAAACAGUUUGCAGCUGCAAUCAUUUGACUCAUUUUGCUGUCUUACUUGACUACAACGGUAGCCCGGGGCUCACAGAGGAAGACGAAACUAUUCUGGAAAUUAUCACCUACGUAGGACUGAGUCUUUCCAUCUUCGCGAUUCUUUUGACAAUUAUUCUAUAUUCCUACCUCACAGACGUAUGGCAACCUUUGACUCAAAUACGACUGAGUCUUUCUGCGUCCCUUGGAGCUGGACAAAUAAUCUUUCUUACCGGCAUAAACGCCACAGAAAAUACGGCUCUCUGCGUCCUAGCAGCAGCUUUCUUGCAGUAUUUCCUGAUGGCAGCUUUCUGUUGGAUGCUGGUGGAAGGAAUUUAUUUCUUCCUGUUUGUCGUGAAAGUUUAUAACAUCAACACCAAGAUGCAUAUGUAUCACUUCAUAUCAUGGGGUUUACCCAUCAUCAUGGUUAGCAUUUCAAUAAGCAUCGCCGCUGGAAAAGAUGGAAUUAAAAGCUAUACCAGUGAAAACUAUUGCUGGCUUUCCUCAACA